UUUUUAUCAUUCAGGAGUUCAAACCCAAGGUGUCCUGCAGAUGGUACAGUACUCGAAAAAGAACAAGUGAGUGGUUUCAUAUUUAUAUUCAGACACUUUUGUUCCAAAAGUGGUAGGCAUCUGAGACUGAGUCAUACAAAAAUGUUAAUUGAUGGCAGCGGGCAUAAUACUCAAAUAUUUGGUUACCUUUAUUCCAUGGUAUGCUUACAUUAUCAGAACAGUGCUAAUUGCAAUCGUGGACGAAACACUCGAGACCAUUCCUGCAUGUCAACGUUGCAAAGUUGAUUUACGUUGACAAAACAAAUGUCAUCACCCUUUUUUUCCCUAGUUUAAUGUUGUUCACAUCCCCGCAAUAACUUUUGGUAUUUACCACGACACAAGCUCAACAUUCGGUUGGGGGAGUGAUAGGUUGUUUGGACAAAUCACUGGAUCAUUGAAACUGAUUUCCCAUCAAUCUCUGUUAUUAGGUUAUCCGUCGAAUUUAAUUUUGUUGCAACAGUCAUAAACUUGUGUAUUUUAAUACUGGGUUUGAAAUGAGAACGGCGAACUUACUUAGGUACCAAAAACUGUGUUUGUGUCAGUUUGUAGUAACCAUCAACACAUAUGACAAAACAUAAGAUUUUUAGAGUUUUUUUGCUUCAUUACACCAGCGCUAUGAUGCAAAAUGCAGCCAAAAUUUGUUAUAGUUCCAAUUUUUGGUUGACGUUCAUGUGAACAAAGGCGUCGCUUGCUUAAGGUGAUUCAUCAGUAAGGGACCGGUCAUUAUUUAUGGAAGGGAGGGGAAUUUUUUAAAUUGAAAGCCCCCCUUAAAGAGCAGAAAUUUAAUGAUGAUGACCCCUGCAUAUUCGAAUAUUUUUCUUUGACCCCUAUCCAAUUUUCAUUUCUACUCGUACCCUGGCGUUAUAGUGUUAAUUAUUAAAUAAGAAUAUGGAACUGACAAGAUAUUAACGUCGAGCAAAAAUAUAUAUUAGCAGAAAAUGAUAAUUAAAAGAGGAGUAUUUUCAUAUAUAACACUAAAAUCAGGUUUCCAUUUGGUCUGGGCGAUUGUAACCAUGUUUAACGGCAGAGUAUUAGUGUUUGGAGGCAGGUGCCGUUUGUGGUCCAAGGCUGCAACUAUAGACUUGAUGGCACGAAGUAUUGCCAUAGCAGCUGCGCAGCAACAAUGAGAGUAACAAUCAGUAAUAUUAGCAGCAAAAGGAGAUAGCCAUGACAGUUCUGCCAAGGCAUACCUCCGGUACCAGUUUAAGUCAGUGGAAACGAAAUACAAUGUAUAGUGGUCUAUACAUCCUAUUUUGUGUGAGAUUAAAAAUUCUAUAAAAUAAAAUGACAUACUACCAGAUAAAAUCCUCUAGAAUAACAUGGGUGGGUGGGUAGGGAAAAGGUAUCUAAGCGCUAAACUUGCUGCAGCUAGGCAAAGCAUACAAUGGCAGAAUGAAUACCCAGACCGAAGCACUGAUCACAAGGCGUGAAACAACCCCCUUUGAACGAUAUGACGUCACAGACUCCCCUCAGCGGAUGUGGCCUGCAUAAUACAUCCGCCGUUCACCUUGCUUAAAUGUAUUUAACCACAUCAAGAUAGCUGAUGUAAUAAUACAUUGUCAAUUUAUCUCUGCAAUCAGUAAAGACUGAUUUGCAUACAGCACACAGAAGACAAGAUAAAUCCAGACUAUUUCACAUCAGUGACCAUGAUUUAGUCGCAACAUUUGGAUACCACCAGACAACCAAAUGGAUACCACGCUUAUUAAGCAAAUUCCUUCAAAUUUAAUUGCAACCCCCCCCCCUCAUUUUCUUGAAAAAAAUUGAUAGCCCCCCCCCCCUUCUAGUUAUUUAUUUAUACAUAUGCCCCCUAUAGACUGGGUUAAUAGAAAUUGGUCUUUUUGAGUGACAUAAUCGUUUGUCGUCAUCGAUCCGUGUCGUUGAACAAUGAAAAAAGUUGUCGUGAAAUUAGUGAAGAUAAAAUUGUAUAGUUUGUGAUAGAAACUGCAGGUCUACGGAGCGGGAACUUUCUGGAUUUUAACUCAACGUGUUCGAAAGUGUUAGUUCCGGUAAAAAUAUUUCAGUUCCAAGAUGGGUGAAAUGAAAGUGAACGAUGUCGGGACGCAGCAAACUGCCUAGUAUAGUUGCAAAGGGAGCCUUUGUGUCUUUUUUCAAGGUAUAUUUCCUGAAGCACGCCAAAAAUCAAUGCAGAGUGUUUUUCUCUUUGGCAGUCUUUGCCCUUGUACUCUUUCUUUAUCACUUUACAUUGCAGUUCGACUGCAUACAUUAGCUAGAAUUUGUUAUUAGAUAUGCUCAGUAGACUAGUAAAAGUGCGCAAUCCAAACUGAUGAAUCACCUUAAUUAAAGAUAAUAAUAAUACUGGGUUUUAAUAGUAUACAUGGAAUAAGAUAACUUAAUUGUCAUAGGUACUACUACUAAUCUAUUAAAAUUAAAAUGUUAUUAAAAGUUUAAAACUAUAUCUAUUUACAUCUAGUAAGAAUUAUAUAUUAUUAUUGUAUUUAUCAAUAGCAUAGACUAGCGGACUGUUCUUAAAACGAACAGUUCUACUUUUAAAGUUAUAAAAUUUGUUUCUAUUGGAUCUAGUUUCCCUAUUUCUAAUGUUUCCCACUUUCACAGGUAAUAAAUAGUGUAUUUUAUGUGUCGGAGAGGACAUGUUUUUAAUUAAGUCAAUGCAAUGAAUGUCCCGUCUCUGAUUAAGUGGAAGUAAUUUAGACGAAGCAAGAGCAUCUUCAUAACUUAGGUCAGGAGUGAAAAUCCUUAGAGCACGUUUUUGGAUUCUUUCAAUAUCUUGACUUUGUGAUAACGUUAGACCUCCAUGCCAUAAUAUGUCACCCUAUUCCAAAACCGAUCGGAUCACUGAACGAUAAAACUUUAAUAGAUCUUUUACUGGUGCGCCAUAUUUCUUUAACACCUUUAAAAAAUAUAGGCGUUUCCUGGCCUUUUUAAUAGUAAAAAAGGUAUUAGUAUGCCAUUUGAGAUCUGAUUGAAGCCAAAUGCCUAAUAGCUUGUGGGAUUGUACUCUUUCAAUAGGAACGUUGUCUAUCGUAAUCACUGGUAUUUCAUAAUUCGAAGGUGGAUGACCAUUUCUUUAGUUUUUUCAAGUUCAACCUCGUGUUUUCCUCUCUUGAAAAUUUUGAAAUUCUUUCAACAUUUGCUUGGAUGUUGCUCACUGGCUGGGUUACAGGGUUAUUUAUAUUGAGAAUCUCUGAUAGGGUAGUAUCGUCCAUAAAAAUUGAAACAUAUUAUUUUUCUGAAUUUUUGUCAGUGAGUGCCAAAUCUGGUAGUUUAUUAAUUUUGGUAAUAAAUGUUAUCGGGCCGAUUUUACUUCCUUGAGGUACCCCUGCGUUGAUCUUUUUAAAACACGAUGUCGAUCCAUCUAUGUUUACCCUCUGUAACCGGUCGGAUAGGUACGAGGCUAACCGUGGUAGUAAAGCGGGACGAACUCCAACAGAUUUAUGGCAUGGUAGACUUUACGGGUAGCGGAUUACGGAUGCGGAUUGCGGAUUGUGAACCCAUGCAAAUCGUUUAUUUCUUCGGAAAAAAGCCGCAAUAAUUGCCUGUAGCUACAUGUAGCUAUGAUAUGCCCCCUAGGAAAUGGCUAUAUAUGUCUUGGUUAUAACGGAGUAUAUCUGUUUUAGAAUGAAGCAGCCGAAUAUUUCGACAAAGAAUAAACCAAGUUUGAAUAAAAUCAAACACUCAGAUUCAAACAUUUCGUGUAUGGCGUAUAAUAAACUUUUCUAAAUAGCAAAACAACAUUUGCAAAGGAUAUUAUAUCCCAACCUCGUACGAGUAUGUUUUGCAAAAUGAUCUUUCAAAGUAAGACGUUUUCCAGACUGCAUGAUUUACUUUCGCCUCGGCCGGUUACAAAACUCAAAAGCCGUGUCGAAGUGAGCUGUGAUGUUUCCUGACAAAACAAGAAACGUCUAGUCUACUAUUAUUUAAGCUGUAGUUUUCCUUGUACAGUAUUUAUUAGUGCAGAUGUCUGAUGAAAUACUAUGCGUAUUGCAUUGUAGUAAUAUUUUAAUUUACAAUAUUCUGUACUGACAAAUAAAAGCAAGACAAACAAUUAAAUGAAACUACUAAAUUAAUUUAGGCCCUGUUUCCUUAAUAGCUCUACGCCUAGGCCGAUGUAGUCUCCACAAGAUUCGCACGCCACCGAGUUCUACAGUUUCAGAAUACCCCGAGUACUUGAAAAUUGCGACUAUACGAUAAAAUAAAACAAAGAUUGUGAUGGGGAUAAAAAUUUGUAGGCAAGCAUUGCUCCUGAACGGCAAGUGUUGGUGUCCGGCGAAACAACCGAAUCCGUAUAUUCCUGUACAGCGUAAACAGGUUACGCGAGGUUUUAUAUUUGUUUAUUUAUAUUGAACUAAGUCAGAUCAUAAGAGCAUAUUUUAACUAAAUAUUAAUUAUAGCAAUAGCCAUAUUGUUCAAGACGAGAGAAAGGAAAUUUCGUGUGAAUCACCACUUGCAUGGAGACGCCUAGAUGCAGCUUGGAUGCAGCUUUGCCUGUAGUUGAAGAUCUCCAGAAAUAUCGGUAUAUCUUAGAAAACAUAGCUGAUUCGUGCCCAACUUCGCUCUACACAUAAAUAAUAUCGAUUGAGAAGUCUUUUGGCUAUUUAUUUGUUUCGAAGACUUGUAUAUUUCAUUAAAGAAUAUCUCGCCACUCCUUGACGAGUAGCUGUCAAAUACUGCCAUUUUUUGGGUAGACUCGUGACCGGCCCAGACCAGGGCUUCCUCGUGUCUCGCUUCGUCCUCACACUGAAGCCCUGGGAAAGGUCUAUUAUAUCCAAAAGUGACGUAUAUACAGUAUGCAUGAGAUAAAAUUUUUGGGACUAUAUUUAGGCUGAAGGUAAAUGCCACUGUCGGACAAUAGGCUCAAUCAAAUCAAUUGUAUAAAAAUCAUAAUUAUUUUGUCUAGACUUGUUAAGUUCAAACUUUUGGUUAAUUGAGGAAUGGUCCGUUGAAAUUAAAAGAUAUAUUAUGCCAAUUUGCACUGAGACUAGUCUUAUUGAGACAUCAGCUUUUUACUUAAUGGCCAUUUUCCGUCUAAUAAGAUGAACAAGAACUUUGAGUUAUCAUGUCUGUUUACCAACUGAGUAAUAUGUAACUUGUCGUUAUAUGGAUAUAAUAUCCUUUGCAAAUGUUGUUUUGCUAUUUAGAAAAGUUUAUUAUACGCCAUACACGCGAUGUGACUUACGAAAUGUUUGAAUCUGAGUGUUUCAUUUUAUUCAAACUUGGUUUAUUCUUUAUUGUCGAAAUAUUCGGCUGCUUCAUUCUAACACAGAUAUACUCCGUUAUAACCAAGACAUAUAUAGCCAUUUCCUAGGGGGCAUAGCAUAGCUACAAGCAGCUACAGGCAAUUAUUGUGGCUUUUUCCGAAGAAACAAACGAUUUGCAUCGGUUCACAAUCCGUAAUCCGCAUCCGCAAUCCGCUACCCGUAAAGUCUACCAUGCCCAGAUUUAAAGUCAUUCAGCAAGAUGUUAUGAUCGAUAAGGUCAAAUGCCUUGGAAAAAUCCAAGAAAACGAUUCUAAUUACCGAUUUGGGUUUCUCCAAAGCGACAAACCAUGUGUGUAGCAUUUCGAGGAGGGCUAAUACAGAAGACGAACGAGGAAUUCCCCCAAAUUGACGUUCGCUGAGAAAGUCCCUUGAAUCUUCCAACAUCCAAUCCAGUGCAAAUGAUUCUUGAAUUUUUGAAAAUACACUUGUAAGGGCAAUUGGUAUAAUAUCUCCUACUGUAGUGCAUGGAUUUGACUUUGGGAUAUGGCAGCAGUUGUAUGCUUUCCAAAUCUCCCCGAAACAUUUCUCUUGAAAGGAGGUGUUAAUAAUAUCUGUUAGUGGGCCGGAUAAUGUUAAUAAUAUCUGUUAGUGGGCCUUUGCUCCGCAAAGUGUUUGAUAAUUUUCGUUGGUGGAUCAAAGGGACCUGGGGACUUAUUGAUAUUGAUUUCUUUCAGCUUUUGUGCAAUACAUUCCCUUGAAAUGGUAGGAAGAUCAAGAUCGUCUCCACCCAGCUGUAGAUCGUUUGAUAUUUUAUUAUAGUCUUUAGUUAAGUUAAUUAAAUAAUCGUUAAUGCACUCUACUGAUUCUUCUGAGGUUAGAGGUUCACCAGAGUCUGGGUUGACAAGGUUGAUUUUCUGGUUCUUGCUUAUUCCACAUAUACGUUUGAUACUUUUCCAACAAUCUUUUGGGUUGUUAGACUGUAAUGGUUUUACUUUCGCCCGGUAAAAAUUUUGUUUUUCCUUUUUAAUUUCGUCGCGAACUUUGUUACGCAACGAUAUGAUUUCUGUUUAUCUCCUUUCGCAAAAGCUUUAUCUCGGUUCACUAUUAAUGUUUUAAUUCUUCCUGUUAUAAAUGGUUUUUCCUCUUGGUGGAACUUUACGGUACGUUUAGGGAAGUAGGUAUCUACACUGCAUGCUAUUAAUUACUUGGGUGAACAUUUCCAGUUUUUGUAAAGUCAGUAGCUAAUGUAAACAAACGCUUUGUUUACAUUUUGAACUGCUAUAUUUGCAAAAUAUGAUGUACUAACUGAAUAUCUAACACAUUUCUGGUUCGCUAUACUUGUAAAUGAAUAUAAACUUUACGUUUCAAUAUAUAUCUGCGGGUCCGGCCCUUUGUUAUGAGCAUAGCUGAUGCGCAGAACAGACUUUACAGCAUCUUUUUAGCUCACUAUUAGUUAAAAAAUCACUCGAACCUUGGAUAUUUUUGUUUUAAAAAGUUUGGCAUGAAAUUCUUUCAGGUGUUCCCCGAUGUUUUCACAAAGCGUGAGCUCAAUGGAUUAUGUUUGCAUUGUACCAACCAAGGCUGUCCUUGGCAUGGCACUUAUGAAGCACUGGAGGUGAGUUGGGCAGUAUGAAGGAAAGAGGAGGAACGAAGGUGAAAAUAAUUUGAGGAGCGUUGAUUGUAGAUAGAAUCAACAUUCUGUUCUAAGCUUGCCACUGUAGGUUAAGGAUGAGGGACUUACUUGAGCAAGUUUGCAGAGUGUGGCAAGUGCACGCACCAUUUUUGUAGCUUCUUGAAUGAGUAAAAUGUCAGUUUAAGGUUCACAAAAAUGCGUGAAAUAGUACCUAUAAAGUUGUGCUGUUUUGUUGCCAGUUAAAUUAGAGUUAUGGCAAACGAAAGCGAAGAUUUGAUGUCCAAGAAGAGGACAGCACACAGAAAUCGCAAUACCUGUCAAUUUUCACGCAAUGCCCGCGACCUAAUUCUGUUUGCACGCACGAGACCUCGUCGAGUUUUGCCUUAUAGUGGCCCUACGUGUUAGUAGUGUUACUGAGAUUGUUUUUUUUGCUUGUGUUUGAAAACUCGUAUAAGAAGGUGUGUGAUUGUUCUCUCUUGUGUUGCGAGGGUAUUUUCCUCGUCCCUCACCAAAACCUAACCCUUCGACCUUAGUUUUCAAGCGCGUAUUGUAUGAGCUGUGUAAACGUCUAAUCGAUAUUAGAGAAAGAAAUACAAUCACGAAAAUAAUUACAAUUUUAAUACUGAGACGACUGAGUGUGUUUUUAUACAUCUUUUUUCACUUGGGAAAGAAUGCGAACCGCUAUGGGAAUUCUCAUGCAAGUAGAGUUUAAUCUUUUUUAUCCCAGAUCACUAUUCUGUGUUGAAUGAUUGCCAGGGGUCAGUUGCAUGAUGUUGACGAGCCCUAGAGACUGUAACCAUUUCUUUGUGACUUAGGGACACUCUGCUGUCUGUGAACAUGCUUUGAUAAACUGUAUCCAUUCCCAAUGCAAGAUGACAUUCCAACGCUCUCAUCAGGGUGAACACUUGAAAAGUGAAUGUGAAUAUAGGAAUGUGAAGUGUGAUUUUUGUGGGAAAGAUGUCACCUUUGCCUCGAUGAAGGUAAGUAAAAAUAAAGUAACCUUUGAGAACAGUUUGAACAAUCCAGCAUGUCACGCCGUCUUAUGUAAUUAACCUCAAACCUUGUAAUUAACCUCAAACCUUGUAAUUAUCCUCGAACCAGUACGGUAUACUCAGUUAGUCAGUUUUACUCACUGUUCAUCUAGGAACAUGUUGAUACGAUCUGCGAAGAUGCACCCGUGACUUGCAGAUACUGUAAGAAAGAUGUCUUGAGAAAAGACAUUGAAAGACACGAGAGACGCGAUUGCAAUGAGGCUCCGGCGACUUGUGAGUAUCAAGAUGUAGGAUGCAACCACGAUAAGGUAAUAGUUACUUGCUGUAUUCGUUGACGCACGCAGGUUUUCUCCCGGUAAUUCUGUUUCAGUUUUUCCUAUUAUAACUUUGCACCAAUAUAGGAUGUCGCUUCGCCUUAUUAGAGCUAUCCAGUAUAAGCUUUUUCUACGCGUACUGUGAUGAUAGCAAUGGGCAGUAAGGCAUGAGUAGUACAAAUAAAUAAGAUUUACCUCAUUUAAACCGCACCAAUUUCCUCAGAACUCUUCUUCAUUAUUCUACUUGGAUGGCCCUUACUGGGCCUCUAGCCAGUUUGUGGUUUAAGUAACUUAAAUUUAUUUUACGUUUCCUAGGAACAAAACCGAUCCAUUCAUACUUGUGGUUGUGUUGUUUUGUAAAAAGUUAAAAAAUACAUCACAAAUCUUUAAUUUUUAACUUCUCAAUUUUGAUAAUAAUCCCUCUCAGAAAACAUGCAAAAUUAUUUCCUGAGGCUUCGAAAUGCAAUUAUUUUGAGGGGGCAUGCCCCCAGUCCUCUUUCCUUAGAUGAGCGCACCAAUAACAAUUUGCUUACGACGGCACUGCUUACUGGAACCAUGGAUAAUAAAAUCAAUGGAUAGGACACUAGCUGACGUCACAGUCUAAACCUAGUUGCAAUCUGUGACGUCACGCGUAUUGCCAAAGUUCUCGGCAUUUUUGUUGUUUCGCUAUAUUUUCCGCUUUAAAAGAGUAAUAUUGAAGCAUAAACUGGUCUAAUUGUUUUAAAAACAUGCCUAAGCCACGACAAAGUAUUCAAGGUAAAUGUUUUUCGCCUUUGUUUUAUAUUUUUUUACAUUUGUAGCUACGAAAUUGGCGUCGCCAAUUUUAACGAAAUUUGGGAUGCAUUUUUCACUGUUUAGUGCUUGACAUAUUUGUUAAAUUUGACUGGAAAUACUUAGAGAUUUCAUCGUAGAAUGGCGUAGCUAUAUUUAUUUGCUCUUUGACUAAAAUGUUUAGCUGUAUUAUUGAUAAACAUGCCGGUUGAUAUUAUUGGUAAACAUGCCGUUUUUGAGAAUUUGGUUUGCAACUAGGUUUCAACAUCCAACCACGCCAUCAUCCCAUUGAAAACAUUAGGUCACGUCAGCUAGUUUCCUAUCCAUUUAUUUUAUUAUCCAUGCUGGAACUGAAGGAGGAACAGUUUAGGACUAUCAAGUUUUAAUGAGGUUGGCAGUUAUAAGUAAUGAGAGAUUGUUUGAUUUGUUCAUGUAUCUGAUAGUUAAGAUUAAAGCCGGUUUUCCACUUGAACCGUACCGUACCGAAACGUACUGGUGAGCAUGCGCAGAUUGAAAAGAGGUGUAUAAAUCCACGUACUUCCGGGUGUAUUUGCGUAUCAAAAUGAAAAGUUCGUCGCAAGUCAACUUUUUGGCGUACUACGGAAGUAUUAACCAAUCAAUAUUCACUAAAUUUUGAAAUUUAAAAACGUUUUUGAUACGUUUCGGUACGGUACGCCUGAAGUGGAAAACUGGCUUAAGUUUUAAUAAAAUAUACUUGGAAAGGAUACUGUACACACGUAAAAACGCACAAGUUCUUGCAGGUCUGCAAACAAGUUGCUGGAAAUCUGUUCACAAGUUGUCGACAAGUUGUGUUCGCACUCCUUGUUCCCAGUUGUUGUGACAAGUUUGGAACAAGCUGUUAACAACUUGCAACAAGCUAGCUUGAUGGCGUUAUCAGACUUGUUAAAAGGUUGUUGUAACAAAUCUGAUAUACAGUCAUGAUAUAAGAAGAAUGUUACAAGGUUGACAAUAUUGUUAUAUCAUGACUGUAUCGGACUAGCAACAAACAAAUCCAAUAAUAUCAACAAUGUUACAAGUUGUUAACAAGUUGUUCCAUACUUGUUGAUAACUUGGGACAACCAGUAGGAGCACAACUUGUUUACAGUCUGUUGAUAGACGUGCUGCAAGAUGUGAGCUUUUUACGUGUGUCGAUGAUCAGAGCAACUGCUCACUGCUGAACUUACAAACGCUCAACUGCCCAAUAGUCUUGUAUAAGUUAUUAUUUGCCAUUUAUCUUUGAUACAAUUUGUAGACUUUGAAGCGAAAGGAACUGCGCCAACAUUUGAAUGAUGGAUUGAUAAAUCAUGGUGGACAACUACUGCGGUAUACUCUUGCCGUUGCUUCUCAACUAAGCGACUUCAUCCCACGUCCAGAAUAUACAGGGAUGUUGCAGAAAAUCCGAGACGACAUCACUGAAGUUCGCUCUGGCUUGGCCGAGAAAUUCGUCAUGGUUGUCGGAAAGUUAACUGGCUUGGAAAGACGUAUUGAAAGCUUGGAAUCCAGUGGUGGGACUGAUACAAGGAUCAGAAAUGAAGUGCAUGAGCUACAAAGUAAAACUAGAGACCUUACUACUGAAUGCGGAAACUUACGUGAACGGAAUAUGAGUUUAGAACGAGAAGUGAGAGAUAAGGUGUCAAUUAUUGAUCGUUUGCGAAGUAGGAUGGAUCAAACGGAUGAGUCUCUUGCUCUGAAUACAGUCAAAAUUACCGAUUUGGAGUCCCAAAGAGGUCCGCGUGCACAACAAGCUAUCCACAGUUAUAACGGCACUUUACUGUGGAAGAUGGAAGGCUAUGAGAGAAAACGACAAGAUGCUAUUAAUGGGGUGAAGACGGCCUUGUACAGUCCACCUUUCUACAGCGCUCAGUAUGGUUACAAGAUGUGUGCUAAAAUAUAUAUGAAUGGAGAUGGUUUCGGAAAAGGAUCGCAUUUGUCGUUGUUUUUUGUUGUGAUGAGAGGCGACUACGAUGCUCUUCAAACCUGGCCAUUUCAAAAGAAGAUUACGAUGAUGCUGUUGGAUCAAGGCAAUGGAGAUCACAUGAUUGAUGCGUUUAAUUCAGAUCCUCAAAGUUCAUCCUUUCAACGUCCCAAGUCUGAUAUGAAUAUCGCUUCGGGUUCCCCGCUCUUUAUGCCACUGGAUAGCUUGAGUAAUCGUCAAUAUAUCAAGGAUGAUGUCAUGUUUGUGAAGAUCAUUGUCGACUGAACAAGAUGAUGUAGAUUCUGAGAUCAUUCUAUUUGGUGCGUAUGUAUGGAAGAAGGUUAAGAAUUGGGGAGAUUUUAGGCAAUGUGUUGAAAGUUGUUUACAAGAAACUGGGUUAAUGUUGGGUGAAAGUUUGCUAAGUUCAGUCCGCAAUAUUGUCAACCAAAACAUGAAGAGUUUUGUGUCUGAUCAACAAAAAAAACAAACCCCCAAAAAACAAUGCUCACUGGCAGUUAGCGGUCCAAGUUGAAUGCUGAAGGUGUUGACGCUAUUUAUAUACAAGUUCUAGUUCACUUAUGUUAUUUACUUUGCUAUUAUAAAUGUGGGGUUUUAGGUUAUUGUUUCAUGUUUAGCAUUUGAUAUUUACCUUCUAUUUGUAG